CCGGCAUAACGGGCGUGGCCAUGGUCCUCCUGCUGGCGGCGCUGUGCCUGACCUCCAUGCGGUGCUUCCGGAGGCUCUGCUACGACGGCUUCUACUACACGCACCGCCUCGGGAUCGUCUUCCUGGUGCUGCUGCUGGUCCAUCCUCUCAGUGGCGUUUUGAAAGAGCAGAAGAACCUCCAUGGUCACAUUCCAGGCUGCCAGAUGUACAAAGAAACACUUAGGAGAGAAGAGGUUGGUAACCCUGAUCUAGUUUAA